GCAACCUUUUUUGCUACAAGUGCAGUUUAUGAGUUUCACUGUUUGCGACAGAAGUCUGAUGAUAUCUGCAUGCGAUUUGCAAUGAUGCAUAUGCAUUCUGCACUCCUCAUUUCUGCAUUUGUGUCUGCAUGUCUGUUGUGCUCUGCAAUUGCGGCAAUUGAUUUUGAGAAAUGCACGUUUGAAACUGACAACUGCCAGUGGAAGAUGGUGGCAGGAAAGUUGAGUGUUUCGUGGAAAUCACAACUCAGCAGCAGUCUAGAGUAUUCAGAUCGAAACAUUCCAUCACAUCUCACUCAAGGAAACGUGUUAGUUGGUAAUGCUACAAGAGAUGACGUUUCGGAUGGCAUUGUGGGCACAGCUGACUUGCUAAGUGAGGAAUUGAGGCCUUCAGAUGGAGUGUGUGGCAUUCAGUUGUCAUACUACAAACCUGAUGAGGCGGGCAAUCUGACAGUUUACUUGCAAUUGAUGAACAAGCAGUUAAUGAAGCUGCAGACAUUAAAUUCCGGGAUAAGAAGAAAUGGUUAUUGGUCGAGGCAGUAUGUUCCAUUUGAUGUGAUUGGACGGGUACGAUUAGUGCUCAAGCUGGAAGUGUCUUCAAGUACACUGCGACCAGUUGCAGUCGACAACAUUCAAUUUUUAUCUUGUUCAGUGUGUACAUUUGAAUCUGGUUACUGUGGCUGGACAAAUGUCCAAGGAAAAAGAUACAUUCAAUGGACUAACCAUUCUCGUACAACAAAAACUGGUAGCACGGGCCCAAGCUAUGACCACACGUAUGGGAUUGAUGGUACAUCUGGUUACUAUCUCUACAUACAAAAACCUGAUCAAAGUACAGAAAUAGAGACUGCAGUUUUGACGAGAAAUCUCACUGUUUUCGAUCACGUUUGCUCAUUGUCAUUUGCAUACCAUAUGUAUGGCAAUGAUGGAGAAGUCGGGUCACUAAUGGUAUCUGUUAAUGCAUCAAAUAAGGUCACUGUGUUGUGGAACAUGUCGGGUAAUCUUGGAGACAAGUGGCUGACAGCAGUCGUUCCUCUGGGAAAGUACAUUAGCAGUAAAACUAGCCAACUUGCUAUCGUUGCUAAGACAGUGGCAAAUGGACGUCAAGGUGAUAUUGCCAUUGAUGAUGUUGAGCUUCGUUUGUGUGCAGUGACCGACUUGUGUACAUUUGCUCAAGACUCGUGCAACUGGAGAAACGACGACAACAGUUUUGUUCAAUGGAAGAUCCAACAGAACAACAAUGCCACAUCACACACAAAUGUAAUGGUUGCCAAUUUUUCAUCGAUUUCCAUUCCCAACAACGGGUAUGCUGCACUGAGAGGUCCAUCUGUCUUUCCUGGUGACUUCAUUUGCUCAUUACGACUGCAUUACACGACAUCAGGGCUGAACAACAGCGAACUUUGUCUGCAAUCGAUGAAUUUGACUGGAGAAUAUGACAUAGUAACAGACCUGCCAAUUUCAUUGACGACAACAAGUUGGAUUAUGGAAUAUCAUUUGCCUCCCUGGCCAGCAUUUCCUGUGAUUUAUGCAGAGAGGAUUGAUGGAGAGAAUGGAUCAAUAGUUCUACACAGUUUAGAGUUCAUCUCUUGUCGUUAUACAACAUUUGAGGUUGAAAAACAAUUUAUUCUAUGGAGGAAAUCAACAUUCUCCAAAUUCAACGGCCGUUGGUUUUUAUUAACAACUGGUUUAAGACAUCUACAAAAUGUUCAACCACUUGAUGAUCACACAUACAGACAAUACAGACAACAUGGUCACUAUCGUGGUCACUAUAUAAUGCAAGCUCAAAUGAAAAGUCAAAACAGUGCAGUUCUCAUUACGUCAGUCAAACAGAAUAAUAUUUGUGGAAUUCGAUUCUGGCUUUAUCGAAACAUAGGGGCACGAUACAAAAUUGAUGUUUCAGCAAUUUAUCGUGGUGGUUUGCCAACACAGCUGCAUGCAAGCAGAGCAAGUGAUCAUGAUCUUGAAAUUUGGCAUUCUAAAGAGGGAGCUACUCAGAUGGAUAUCUUUGGUGCUAAAAUUAUGUUACAGUUGACUUCUUGGAAUUCAUCUAAAGGCCGAGUUGCUAUUGACGACAUUGAGUUUACGGAAUGUGCAGUUUGCUCAUUACCCAGAGGGUAUGUACCUUUGAGACCGGAUUAUGUGGUUGGAAAGUCUCUACAGAUGCAUCUCGUACAGCAACAUGGAUUAGAUGGCGAGGACCACCUCACCAAACAUCAUCUCAUCUGA